AAAAUGCCGUGUUUUUGGGCGGAUACACAGUUGGGAGAGCAUUGGUGUGAGAAAUCAAUUUUGGAGCCAAACAGCAUUACCUGUGGUUUGUUGCGUGAAGUGACUGAAGAAACAAACUAGGUGUUGUCACUCAGAUCUGUUCCAUUCCCUCGCCAAUCCAAUUUCUGUUCGCACAUUUCGCGUGCCCUAAGCCUCGUCUCCUUCGGUAUGGGAGACGACGACGACGACGAGGUGCUCGGUUGCGCCACCACCGCUUCUGGUCAAUCCGCCUCCACCAACAGCUUGCCACCUCCUGCCGAUAACACACUUCUCAAAUUGAACCAUCUCGACUUACACGCUGAUGACGCUGGAUCACAAGCCUCUCUUGCUGGCAAGAAGAAAAAGAGAGGCCAGCGAGCAGUUGGACCUGACAAGAGUGGAAGAGGUCUCCGACAAUUUAGCAUGAAAGUGUGUGAGAAGGUAGAAAACAGGGGAAGAACAACUUACAAUGAGGUGGCAGAUGAGCUUGUUGCUGAAUUUUCUGAUCCAACCAAUAGUGAAUUAACCCCUGAUCAGCAACAAUAUGAUGAGAAAAACAUCCGUCGAAGGGUGUAUGAUGCUCUGAACGUUCUCAUGGCGAUGGACAUUAUUUCUAAGGAUAAAAAGGAAAUACAAUGGAAGGGACUUCCUCGUACUAGUGUGAAUGAUAUUGAAGAAAUAAAGACAGAGCGUCUUGGGCUAAGGAAUAGAAUUGAAAAGAAAACAGCCUAUCUGCAGGAGCUCGAGGAGCAAUUCGUAGGCCUUCAGAACCUUAUUCAAAGAAAUGAGCAGUUGUAUAGCUCAGGAAAUCCUCCCAGUGGAGGUGUAUCUUUGCCUUUUAUUCUGGUACAGACACGUCCUCAUGCAACUGUAGAAGUGGAAAUAUCAGAAGAUAUGCAGCUUGUUCAUUUUGAUUUCAAUAGUACUCCUUUUGAGUUGCAUGACGACAAUUAUGUUCUCAAGGCAAUGAAAUUUUGCGAGAGACCACAGCAAGAUAACACGACACACAAUUUUACCGUUGGAGGAGAAGGUUCUAGCAUGUCAGGCUUGUGCCAACCACAGGCUCCUUCUACAAAUCUAAAAGUGACAAAUAGGCCUCCAACCUCACCUCCUCUCCCUGGCAUAUUAAAGAGAAAUUGGCUUCAGUCGGUAGACCGUCAUAAUAGUUAUUCAGCAGUACAGCCAAAUCAUUCUGUAGGUUAGAAGCAGAUCGGUAUGUCUUCUUUAUUGUUAGCGGUAGACUUUGGCACCCUCGUUGCUCAUCAUCCAUCAUUGACUACCUUAACUUCUUUUAUUUCCAACAUAUUUUCACUGUAAUUUUCCCGUCUCAUAAAUUGGUUUGUGACAGUCCAUAGAUCAUGGAACGGAACCUAACAGCAUAGGAUUGAUUUUUUAAUUUUCUGUUUUAUAGUGUACAGGUUUUCUGCUUAUUUGGUAUCUGGACCAAUGCUAUUGUUUGUUUUGUAGCAUUGGCCUGGGCCCUCUUGCUAAUUCAAAAUAACUUUGAUGGAAA